GCCACAUCCAAGAGCAGCAGCAGCAGUCCUCUCUCAUCUCCCGUGCAUCCAGACUCUCUCAACAGCGCAUCGGUCCCUCCAUCCCUUUUCUGCGUAUCCGCUGGACAUGCAUCGCGGCGCCAAGCUAGCAGCCGCCAAGAGCAAGCUCCAACGGUUCCAGAAGGCCCGAUUUGUCACCGCUGGCUCCUAUGGUUCCCAGACGAAUCUUUAUGAGGGCUCGCUGAGCGAGGCAAAUGCGUCGCCCUUGACCUCGUACGAAGGCACCCCUCGGCUUUCUGAUGCUCCUGAGCCCACUUACUAUGGAUCGGCUCCUGACGACGCCCCUGAACAUGACUAUCCGACUUUGUCGGGCUUCAGUCGCUCGGCCGCCCCUUCCCCUCGGCAAGCGCCGCUCGAGCCUUUGUCUGGCCCACAAGACCCUGCUCGAGCCACUGCGACUUCCCAAGAGUAUCAUCGCUACCAAAGCACAGAAUCUUCGUACGGCGGAGAGUCUGUGCCUCGGAAUGAGUCGGCAACCGAGAUCUCGAUCGAAUCAACAACUGCCACUCGGCUUAAGCUCCCUCCCCGGCCUCGAUCGCAAAGUCCUACAAGGCGAGAUCCUCCGGCAAAGUCCCCUGCGAUGGCCUAUGCGUCUGAGUCCGAACCUGCCCCCGUCCCCGUCCCCGGCCCAACUCCAUACUCCCCCGAACGCCGGCCUGAGGAGCACCUGACUUCGGUCCAAGCCCACAAUACGUACCUGUCGGUCAUCAACGCUGAUCUAGAGUCCGAAAGCUCUGAGAAAACUGCCCACAUUCGCCGGCUUGAGCAGUCCAUUGUGCAGCUUUCUGCCGAGCAGCAGACCGCAUCUGAGCGCAUUCUGGAUAUGGCUGCGGAGCUUGUCCAGCUCCGAAAUGAUUUGGCCGAAGCCCACCGAACUGUUGAAGUCCAGCAAGAGUCGCUCCAGCAACUGAGCGCCCAGCAGCAACGUAUCCUGGAACUCGAGGAGAGCAUAUCAGCCAGCGCGGCGGAGCGGCUCGAUCUUGAGUCGCAGCUACAGGAGCGAUGGACUUUGAUCCAGGACAUGGAGGCGGAGCUCGACCAGCUGCGCUCUGCUGUGCAAACGACACAGACUCUCAGCGAAGAUGCGGAUCGCAACAAGAUCAAUAUGGAGCUGACAAACGAGGAGCUCGCAACUGCAAACGCUGCGCUCGAAUACGAGGUCGAGUCGCUAAAGAGCCAGAUCAAGGAGAUCCAGGCCCGUGACUCGGCUGCGCUUUCAAACUACGAAGACAGCCUGCAGCAGAGCCAUACCAAGUACGAUGAGCUGCAGGCCAGGUACGAUGAUCUGCAGGCCAAGUGCGACGGUCUGCAGUCGCAGCAGAUUCUGCAGCAAGAUUUGGCGCUUGAGCUGGCUGCUGCUCAAAGCAAUGAAGCACAGCUUGAAAAGCUGCAGUCUUUAGAAGCCAAACUGCAUGAAGCCGAUGCCCGCCAUACUCACGAGUUACGACGGAAUGCCGCCCUGCUUGACGAAAAGCAAACGACCCAGCAACAACUUCAGGAGUUUGGCAACAAACUUCUCGAUCUACUUGCCGACAGCUCGCACACAUACAGCGAAAAGUCUUUCCAGGCCUACCACCUUCUCCAGCAAUAUCUUUCCGAGCGUGGCCUUGAAGUCACUGCCGCGCUGUGGACGGUUCCUCUGCCGGCAGAGUCUGACUCCGCGAACGCGUCCAAACGUAUUGAAGUACUCGAACACGAAGCCGCCCAACAGAGCCAAACGAUCGCCCGAUUGGAGGACACCGCCGGGGAAGUGCACGUUCUUCGCGAGCAGAUCGAUGCCCUCACCUACGAAAACAAGACGCUCUCUGCACAUCUCUCGAUCGAGUCCCAGAAGCGACUCGAAUCUGAGAUCUACAACCAGUCUCUUCUCAGCGAUCUGGAGCAGCUUCGACAGCCCCACACUUCCCUGGCGCCAAGAGCAGCACCCGAGCCCACACGUGCGCCAUCCCCUAUUGCCCAGGGCGACUGGGGCAUCGACGAUGACCUCGAUGCCCUCCUUAGCGACGAAGGUGCCGCCGACCACUCGACCAAUGUCGACCACCCUGAGGAGUCUGCGCUCUCAGUGGAACCGCGAGCCGAAUCGUCCAGCCAGCUGAACGAUCAGCUUCGACAGUUACGCGAGCAAGUCAUCGCCCUCGAAAAGUCCAAUGCCACUUUUGCGCUCGAGGGCGAGAGAGCCGCUCAACAGCUCGCGCGCGAGAGGCAGCUCCUUGAGGAUGCCGAUCGCGACCGUCGAUCAGCCAAUGAGAAGCAAAUGCGGCUGCAGGAGGAGUCCUGGUCGCUUCAGCAACAAGUAGAGUCGCUUGAUACCCAUUGCCGCGAGAUGCGGUCUCAGCUGGAGACCCAGGGGGCCAACUUGGCGCAGAGCCAGAAGGAGCUUGCCCGUGUUCGUGCGCUCCUCCGAACGCAAUCCGAGCAAGCAACGGCGCACGACGGAUAUCAAGAGCAGAUCGUGCAAUACGAGGCCAAGCUCACCGAGAGUACCAUCAAGAUCGAAGACCUCGAGAGCGAGAUCGCUCGUAUCGACGCAGUCUUGGUUGAGGUUCAGGCACUCAACGAGAGCCUCGAGCGCCAGCUUGAGCAAGAGCAAACGGAGAGAGAGUCUGCUACAAACAAGGCCAACAAGAUCAAAGCAGACAUGUGGGAAUUGGAGCAAAAGGUUGCCCAAGAUUCUGCCGUCUUGAUUGAGAGCCUGCAUGAACUGACGGAUGCCAACUCGAAGAUGAAGGCCCAAAUCAAGAGCUAUCGAGAGGAAGUCGAGCGCCUGAAGCAAAGCAUCCAGAGCCACCAAACUGAGCAUGCCGAGACCCAUGCCUCAAGCGCCGAGGAGGUUGAGCGACUCAACACCGUCGUUGCCGGUCUCCGAGAGACCAUCAAGGAAAAGCUGGCUGACAUUGCUCAUCUCGAAUCUGAAAACGAGUCGCUGGCAACGGCUGGUGCAGAGGUCACGGCUCAGCUUGGCGUGCUGCGCGGCCAACUUCGCGACAUUGAGGCUUCUCAUAACACUGCCCUGCUUCAGCUCGAGGAAGCUCAAGCGGAGGUUGCUGGUCUCCGUGACGACAACGAGACUUUGCGCUUGGCCGGAAUCGAGGUCACCGAGAAGCUCUCAGCUCUGCGCGAGCAGUUUGAGCAAUCGAACGAAGAGCGCCAGCACAUUGCCCAGCUCUACGAGACGCUGCGAGCGUCGCUCGUCCAGACCGAGGACCAAACCAAGAUCCUGGAACAAGCUGGAAUCGAGGUCUCCGAGCAGCUGAAGACAGUCCGUGAAGAAGCCACUUACAUUCGCCAAGAGCGCGACGAGGCCAUCGGAGAGCUUAGCCAACAUCGUGAGCGUCUGGCCGAGCUCGAGAUUGAGAACUCGACCCUGCGGUUGUCCGGUAUCGAGGUCACCGACCAGUUGACGGUCUUGCGCGAUGCACUCACUGGAUCGGAGGACCAGUGCGCCAAGCUCGUUGAACAACUGAACGAGACCGCCCAGUCGCUCUCGGUUCUUGGCGGCGAAAAGGAUCACCUGUGCGCUGAAGUUGACGAUCUGACCCACCAGCUUGAGUUGCUCCGCGAACAGGCUCUGAUAUCGCAGUCCUCCCAAUCCGAGAUCGCUCUUCGAAUCGCCGAGUUGCAAGCCAAGAUCGACGCUCUCGAGAGCGAGAACGCCGCACUCCAUGCUGCAAAUGCCGACACUGCCGCGCAGCUCGCCAUCGCAACCAAUGAGCGCAAUGACGUGAUCGGGCAGCUCGAAGAUGCCCAUUCGAUGCUCCACGACCUGGAAUCCAAGAACGAGGCCCUUCAGUCGGCCGGCAUAGAAAUUACCGAGCAGCUCGAUAGCUUGCGCCGGGAGCUGCUCAGCUCGGAGGAACAGAACGAAGCUGUCGUGGCCGAGUGCGAGCGCCUGCGGCUGGCAAGCGAGGCCAUAAGUAAGGAGCUCUUGGACAAGGAUGUCGUCAUUGCGGACCUCAGCAGCAAAAUCCAGCAUCUCCAGGAGAGCUACGAUCUUCUCGAGCACGAGUAUCGUCAAAAGAUCGACCAUGUUGAGACGAUCGAUCGUCAGAACCAAGGUAUGCACUUUGAGCGGGAGGACUUGCAGGCGCAGCUCCAGGUUGCCCAGCAGUCGGUCCACAGUCUCGAGGAGCACAUUCAUGAGCUUGAAGCCGAGCGCAGCCGUCUCGCUGCCGAAGCGGCUGAUGUAAGGCAGAUUCUGUCGGCGGCCACAUCCGAAAACGACCAGCUCCAGAAGCAUAUCGAAGAGCGCGAGCACACCGUCACGGAUCUCCGCAACCAUCUUGAGUCUCUCCACCUGCAAAGUGUCGGCGAUACCGAGCGUACUCAUGCUCUGGAGCUCGAGCGCGAGGAGCUGUCCGCGCAGCUGCAUGAUGCUCAGGAAAGACUCGAGCGGUACAUCCUUGAGACCGAGGCUGUUGUUGAGCAGCACCGAACCGAGGCCGCACAGCACUCGGACGAACGAUCUAGGGCCCUCUCGAUGCUUGAGCAGACGCAGCAGGAUCGCGACGACACGAUCGCAGAGUACCAGCAGCACGCCAAGGAUUUAGAAGGUCAAAUCGAUCGGCUCAACCAGGAGUUGCACGCCAUCAAAGACACUAUGGGUGCGACCGAGCAACUCUUGGCCGCCAAAGUGGCUUCUCUCGAGCAGGAGGUCUCGGAUGUCCGCAACGAUGGCGACCACCAUCGCGCUCAUGCCGAGGAGCUCUCGGCGGCCCUGGAGGCGGCUGAUCAAGCACUACAGCAGCUGCAAGGCGAGAGUGUCAAGUGGCAGGGCGAGAGAGACGCGUUGAUCCGGCAGCUCGCCGACCUUGAUGAUCAGCUCACAAAGAGCAGCGCUCUUUGCGAUGAGCUGUCCUUUGAGCGCGAUCGCCUCGAAUCCGAACUCCAUGUUAUCCGCUCGACCUCCGAAAACGAUAAGAUUCAGCAAGCCCAGAUCCUGACGAGCCUAGAGUCGGAACACCGUGCUCUGUCGACCCAGGUGACCGAGCUUCUGGACCGCAACAGCCAGCUGGUUGUACAGAACGAGCAGCAGCACUCCGUUAUCGAGGAGCUACAACACGAAAGAGAUCAUCUCGCCGGGCACAUUGAGGAAAGCGAGGAUAAGAUCCGUGUGUUGCACGAGACGAAGGGUCACGUCGAGUCCGAAGUCAGUGAAUUGGCCUCUCGAAUGGCCUACAACGACGGCCAGGUUCAAGAACUUCAAACGCAGAUCGAGAUCUUGAUGCAGGAGAAGCUUCAUGCAGAAAACUUGGCUGCUUCUUUGCAAGUCAAACUCGAGGGCGUCGAGGGCUCGUUUGCGGACAACAUGCACAAGGUCAACGACGAGCUACACCGCACGCUCGAAGACAAGAUUGUGCUCCGCGACAGUCUUUCUCGGGUCGAGAGCGAUUUGUUGAUGCUCCGGCAGUCGUUUGCUCAGCUGGAGCAGGAGCGUGAUCACCUUCGAGACUACGCCGUUCCGGAUCUGUCGCAUCAGCUCGAGAGUCAGUACAGCUUGCUCACCCAGGAGCGCCAGUCGAUCCUGAUUGCCCUGGAGCAGCUCGGUGCCGUCAUCCCGAGCGACAUAUCUGGAUACGAUAUUGACGCUAUCCAUGUGGCCAUCUCAACCGUCCACCAAGUUGUCGUCGAGCAAGCACAGCAACUGGAAGCGACUUACCAGGAGCUCGGCCAGCUUCGCGACGACUCGCUCUCCAAGGAGGCGGACUUGCGCGCGCAGCUUGAAUAUGUCCAGGCUCGAUAUGAGGAGAUCACCAGCAGCUCGAAUCUCAGUGCACACGCGCUCCGGGAUGUCGAGGCUCAGCUCGCCGCCGCCAAACAGUCCAACAGCAUCCUUGAGAAGCAAACCAGCGAAUACAAGUCCGAGCACAAGCGCGCGCUCGAUGCAGAGCUCACCGUCAGCCAGCUCCGUCAAGAGCUUCAGGAGUUGCGCGCGCAGUACUCUGGCUCCCAGGCCCAGACGCAGGACCUGCAGCAGUCGCUUGCCCAGCUCCGAACCGAGUACGACGAGACGCACAAGCUGCUGGAGCUGAGCAACGAGAAGAUACGCCGGCUCCAGGGCAUUGUUGAUGUCUUCAAGCUCAAGGAGCGCGACUACAUCCUGACUAUCAAGUCUUUGAGUGCCGCCGAUGCCUCGGUACCGAGCCCAAAUCGGUCACAAUAUCUUUUGGAGCUAGACGAGAGGCUCAAGCAAGAAGAGUCGGCUCUCCAGGAACAAGAACGGCAGAUUGUUGCGACCGAGUCGGAGCUUGUAACAGAGCAGCAAAAGUCCCAACAGCGUGACUUGAUCAAGAAGAUCGAUGCGAUCGACGCUCGGCUAUCGCCCCGCUCGUCCAAGCCCCACCAGCUGGAUAGUGCACAAAUCGCUGCUCUGGAGCACCAAAUCUCGCUUCUGCGCAACGAGCUGACUGUUCAAUCCCGCGAUGCAGACGAUGCCAAGGAGCGCUAUGAGGCCGAGCUCAAAGGCGCCAACGAGCGUGUCCAGAACUACUUUGACCUCUCGGAGAGCUCGACAAAGAGCAUGGAGGUCUACCGCCAAGAGCUGCGAAAGUGUCGCGAGCGGCUUGCUGCCACAGAGACAGAGCUGCUGAAGCUUCGCGGAGCCAGCAUGGGUGUACAUGGCGACGCCGUGCCGGACGCAAGCUCGAGUGAUCAGCUAUACAGCGCUCUUGCUCGCGCCGAGGAGACCCAGGAAGCCAUCGGCCAGAUUCUAAGCCUCGCGCAAACCAAAGUGAACUCGAGCGUACUCUCUCACAACAGCCCCGCCCUUCCCUCGGUUGCUGUUCUGCAGAACGUUGUGUUGGAGCUCCACCGCCUGAUCAGCUCGACUGAACGGCACGUCAUGACGAUCAAGCAGUCCGCGUCUCAGGCCGGCUAUGAGACCCUGUCCAACGGUAGCGACCCACUUUCCUCCAUUCAGGAGUCUGUCGAGCAUCACAAGCGUGUCGCCGCGACACUCGAGGCCCUGCUUAAGCUCUAUCCGGUCGAGGAGCUCGAAAAGCUGCACGCUGGAGAAGAAUACCAGGUUUUGAUUCCCGCUGUCGAACUAGACCCAAGCCGAUUCUCAUCGCGAGAAGAGGUUCUCCGCGGAGCAUAUGUCGGCAUCUCCCCUGGACAUGCCGAAAUCAGCCUGUAUGCCCUUGGCAGGGAGGACUACAUCCGUCUCAUCUCCGAGUCGGCACACCUUGGUCUAUACCAGUUCCAGGCUGAACAAGCAUGGGCCCUCCUCGACGAACACCGCACUGAAAUUGCUGCCCUUCGAACGGCCAUCGAGGCCUACAUCGCUAUCGAGGAGCCGCGGUACUCGGGCUCACAUACACCGCUCCAGAAGCUACAGAUGCAGCUGGACGAAGUUUUCAAGCUCUGGAUCCACGAACUUGACGCCAAUGGCCACCUUCGGCUGUUGAUCAGCAAGAUCCAGGCCGAGGGCAUUGCUGCUGUUGCCCAGAACCGCACCCGAAUCUCUCAACUGUGCACCAUGAUCGACAAGCUGAUCUUGCUGCUGAAGCUCUCCGACGAAGAGUCUCAGGCAUACAAAAGUUCGAAUGAGCAAAUCCAGCAAAAGUACGACCAACUCAAUGCCCAGUUCCUGGAACUCCAGGAGCACACCAUGGGCAUGGAUGAAAUGCACAACGAAGAGGUGGUGGCUAUCAACAAGGUCGUGGCGGUUCUUGAACAAGAGCGCGAUCGACUCUCGGCCGAUCUGAGCAGGACCAAAGAGCACUACGAAGCCACAGCCGCCGAUCUCGAGAGACAAAAGACCGAGCUCGAAGCCAGUCUCGAGGGAAUGGAGGCCAAGUUUGAGCUCUUGCUGCAAGAGGCGGAGCAGAAGACCCGUCGCGCCGAGAUUGACGCCAACGACGAUCGUGUUGAGGAGCUGACGCGAGAGAAGCUCAAGGUCGAGGCCAGCCUCAAGUCUGCCUCGCUGCAGUGGACCACGGAGCGUGAGCAGCUACUCACCAAGAUCCUAAAGGCUGAGCAACAAGCGGGCACCCUGGCCGACCAAAAGACCGAGCUCGAAGAGCGCUUCCAGCAAAAGAUUCAGAUUCUGACCGAGGAGCUCAAGGACUACCAGCGGCUGCUGGAGCGAAAGGACCAACUGUGGAAGGAGGAUUUGCAGAGUCUGGAGCAAAAGCUGGCGCGCUCGGAAAGCAGCUGGGUGGCCGAGCGCAAGGCGCUGACCGACGAAUUGGUGAAGACGAAAGAACGAGCACCGACUGCCGACUGGAGAAUGUCAGAACAGGAGGCUAGCUGGCUGCAGGACCGCAAGAUUCUUAUUUCGGAGCUGACCAAGGCUCGUGAUGAUGCAGCCAUUCAGAUGGCAUCUCUGGCCGAAGAGAAGGAUGCGCAUAUUCGCGCCCUUCAUCUUGACAAAGAGACCAUUGAGAAGGAGCUGAUCCUGCGCGAUAACCGCAUUCGCCACCUCGAGUUCCAGCUCCGUGAUCUCACGCCAAGCGGCUCUCUCAUCACGGUGCAAGAGGCAAACUAUCGAAUGGAGGAGCUACAUCAAGAACUACAAAACUCCUUUGGCCAGAUCCGCAAGCUCCAGUUCCAGUUGGCCGGGGCGAUCGACGGCCGCCGUAUGGCCGAGGCUCAGAGCAAGGUUGAAAGGGACCGGGCCGUGCGCCUGGCCACCAAGCUGGAGCUUGCAGAGAGGCGCACAGCCUUUUCAUCGCAAGAGGGAUACAAGAUGCGAUACGAGGGCCCUCGUGAAGAUCUCCAUCUUCUCCUGGAUACGCUCCAGAGCGAGCUCAGCGCCGAGAAGCAGCAGUCAACCAAUCUCGUUGGAGUCAUCAACAAGAUUUUCAGCAAGGUCGUCGAUCGCAGCUUGAUAUCCAGCGACCAGCGUGGCCAUGUCCAGAUUGACUUGGCCCGCUUCCAGGACGAAUGCAUCUUGCUCUCGCAGGAGAUUCUAUAUCUGCGAUCGCUUGUAAACAAGCUGCUGCUGUGGCGCGCCGACCUCAAGUUCCAGAAGCUCUACCUCACUCUUAAGAUCGAUGAUUUGAUGCGAAGCGAGAAAGCCACGCUGGAGUACCUGAAGACGAUUGGCAUUGCUCAGGUGGAUCAGGAUGGCUCUCUUCCACUGACACCUCGAGUGAAACUACGCCGAUGUAUCUACAUGGUCAUCGCCAUCAUCCGAAUGAGAUCCCUCGCCCAAGGUUGGCAGCAUACUGUCAACGAAAGUGCUUCGGUGUUCUACACGGACAUGCCUUCUUUGACGGACUUGGCCAAGGACGAGGACCCUGCCGGCCGCGCCGCCGGGCGCGAGGGCGCAGUAUCUGGCUAUUCGUCCUUUGGAGAGACUUGGCGAAGCCCCUCGGGUUCUCAGCCAAGUCGGCCCGACGCCUAUGCCCUCAACGGCACCCCCCGGCGGCACCAGUAAUCACGGUGGCCCACUGAAGAGUCGUCCACGACCUCAGCUUGAAGUGAACACCAUUAUCAGGGGAAUCGGAACACCCACCCUUUUCCUGCAUGUCAGUGUAGUAUUCGACGGACUGCGUCAAGCAAAGCCAUAUUCAAUAACACAGAUUACUUUCACAGCCUGCGAGUGGACCGCUGCCUCUUGGGGCUGGGUGCAAUAGCCC